ACGGACACAACCAUGACCAACCAUCAAACCCAAUCCCUCCAAAUCCAAUUGCACCCACUACACACCAUCAAUCCCUCCUGUACCCACUUCUCAAAUGGACGCUCUCUUCGUUAACCCUUCUCUCUCCCGCCUCAAAAUCUCCCCCAGUCUCCGCCCCGCCGCCGCCCCUCCACCCCCACCCCUUCACCCUCCGAGUCUCCGCUCAACAAACACCACAAUUCCAAGAACCAGAUCUCACAUACGAAAGGUUCGACGAAGAUGAAUCCUACGGCGAAGUCAACAAGAUCAUCGGAAGCAGAGCACUUGAAGGCGGCAAGGGCAUGGAGUACCUAAUCGAGUGGAAAGACGAUCAUGCCCCUACCUGGGUCCCAUCAAACUACAUCGCCUCUGAUGUAGUCGCGGAGUACGAAACCCCCUGGUGGAACGCCGCCAAGAAAGCCGACGACUCGGCUCUCAAACACCUCAUCAGCUCCGACGACGGAAGAGACAUCGAUGCCGUUGAUCAGGACGGCCGGACGGCUCUCCUCUUCGUCGCCGGCUUAGGGUCAGACCCGUGCGUCCGGGUAUUAGCCGAAGCCGGCGCAAAUGUUAACCACCGGGAUAACCGCGGCGGCUUGACGGCGCUUCACAUGGCGGCUGGGUACGUCAGACCCGGUGUAGCGAAGCUGUUGGUGGAACUGGGUGCGGAUCCCGAGGCGGAGGAUGAGAGAGGACGUACGCCGUUGGAUUUGGCGCGAGAAGUACUGAAAGCGACUCCGAAGGGGAACCCAAUGCAAUUUGCGAGAAGAUUGGGGCUUGAGAAUGUAAUUAAGGAUUUAGAGGAGGCAAUAUUCGAGUACGCGGAGGUGCAGGAGAUAAUGGAGAAGAGAGGGAAAGGUAAUCAAGUUGAAUACUUGGUGAAGUGGAAGGACGGUGCAGAUAACGAGUGGGUCAAAGCGGGGUUGAUCGGAGAGGAUUUGGUGAGGAACUUUGAGGAAGGGCUGGAAUAUGCUGUGGCGGAGUGUUUGGUGGGAAGGAGGGAAGGGGAUGGAGGGAGGAGAGAGUAUCUGGUGAAAUGGACGGAUAAAGGGGAGGCCACGUGGGAGCCUGAGGAGAAUGUUGAUCCUGAUUUGAUCAAGGACUUUGAGGAAGGCCCCACGGCCCAUAAGGACGUGGAGGCCCAAUUAAGUGGUGGGUCGUGAAUGAGUGUUAUUUUACAAGUAGCAUUUUUUGGUUGUGGGUUUCAUCUAAUGGGCCUAUUGUUUUUGUUGUCAUUUUUAAAAGGACAACUUUUUUUUGGUGAUGCAAAAAUUUCAUUAAAAUAGUUUGGAGGGUUAAGAUCGAAUAGGGACAUCUAUUGUUAUUGAGAUUAUAAUGUAUCUUGAUUACAAUAAAGCAUAAGAUACAUCCCUUGUUGAGUUAAACAUUAAUAUAAAUUAUUAUCGUUACACUAA